GUUAAAGUUUGCUAAUGGCAGUAACAUAUCUUCUCCGGCGUUACAAGCCGGCGACAAUAUCAUCAGUUUUGUCUUUCUCGACGAAAUGUUUUGUUGGACGAACAUCAUCACUCUCUGUUCCAACGGAAGCUCCUCCGGUUCCAAAGAAGAUCCCAUUCGCAAUCUCAUCUCAUGGGAUCACAAGACAAGAUCCUUUCCAUUGGAUGAAGAAUACGGACGACACCGAUUUCGUCGACUUCCUCAAGCGUGAGAACUCAUACUCUCAAGCUUUCAUGGCUGACACAGAAACCCUGAGGCGUGAUUUAUUCUCCGAGAUGAAAACUCGUAUUCCAGAAGAGAUUUUCACUCCUCCUGAGCGUUGGGGACAAUGGUUAUAUAGACAAUACAUACCCAAAGGAAAAGAGUAUCCUCUUCUAUGUAGGAGAUUGGAGAAGGGUAAAACAAAUUGGCUCUCUGGUCUUUUUCGUGGAGAAGAAGAAGAAGUUGUGCUUGACUGGAAUCAAAUUGCAGAGCAGUUUGGUUAUGUUCAUGUUGGAGUUUGUCGGGUUUCACCUGAUCAUAACUAUCUGGCGUACACGGUUGAUCCCGAAGGAGGUGAGCGUUUCAUUCUCCAGAUUAAGGAUUUAAGAACUGAUCGGUUAGUUCCGAGGUUGGAAGUUGAUGGAGUUGUUAGCUUGGCAUGGGCUUUAGAUGGAAUCACCUUGUUUUACACUGUUACAGAUGAAAACCAAAGACCUCACAGGGUUGUUGUCACAAAUGUUGAAUCAGAUGGGAGAGAUGAUGCCGUAGUGUUUACCGAAAGAGAUUCCAGUUUCUGUGUAGACAUAACGACCACAAAAGAUGGCAAGUUUGUUACUAUCAAUUCAAACUCAAGGACUUCAUCCGAGGUUUAUAUUGUAAAUGCUGAUAAGCCAAUGGCUGGUUUGCAAAGAACUCGCGAACGAGUUCCUGGCGUGCAGUGUUUUCUUGAACAUCACAAUGGGUUCUUUUACAUUCUUACAAAUUCUCCCUCAAAUGCAAUUAGUGAGUGGUCUGGUGAAGGCUACUAUUUGACUAGAUGCUUAGUAGAGGAAAUUGAAGCAUCUGACUGGCAGACUGUUUUCCGUCCAGAUGAUGAUGUGGUUAUACAAGAUAUGGACAUGUUCAAUGACUACUUAGUGCUUUAUCUUAAUAAGAAAGGCUUACCUAUGCUCUGUUCCAUUGAUAUGCCCAUAAAAGCAAAUACGAAGCAUAUGGAUGAUCUUGUUCCCUGGUAUUUUCCACUUCCAGUUGAUUCAUGCAGUGUUGCCCCUGGUUCAAACCACGACUUCCAGAGCUCUAUAUACCGAGUGGUGCUUUCGUCUCCUGUGAUUCCUGACACUAUCGUUGACUAUGACGUGUCAAGAAGAUUGUUCUCAAUUGUGCAGCAGGAGGGAGGGGUUGUAGAUAAUUCUGAUAGUAGUAAGCCAUGGUACACAGCAGAUCGCUCUACAGAGAAUAACGGUCAACUUAAUGAUAGAACCAGCGAGGGAGAAGAUGGUCAGUUAGAUUCUCGAAUGCCUAAAUGGGAGGACUUAUCUGAUACAUAUGUUUGUGAAAGACAAGAAGUUUCUUCACAUGACGGAGUUGAAGUCCCUCUUACAAUUCUGUAUUCACGAGAAGCAUGGAAGAAGAGUGAGUCACCGGGAAUGUUGAUAGGUUAUGGCGCUUAUGGAGAAGUUUUGGACAAAAGCUGGUGCACAAAUCGAUUGAGUAUGCUUGAUCGUGGUUGGGUGAUUGCUUUUGCUGAUGUGAGGGGAGGAGGCAGUGGGGAGUUUUCAUGGCACAAAUCCGGAACUAGAUCGUUGAAACAAAAUUCAAUCCAAGAUUUCAUAUACAGUGCUAAAUAUCUAGUCGAAAAAGGCUAUGUGCAUAGACAUCAUCUUGCUGCUGUUGGGUACAGUGCAGGAGCUAUUCUUCCAGCUGCAGCUAUGAAUAUGCACCCGAGUCUAUUUCAAGCUGUGAUUUUGAAGGUUCCUUUUGUAGAUGUAUUAAACACAUUAUCGGAUCCAAAUUUACCUCUCACACUCCUGGACCAUGAAGAAUUCGGGAACCCAGACAACCAAACUGACUUCGGAUCGAUCCUUAGCUAUUCUCCAUAUGAUAAGAUACGAAAAGAUGUUUGCUAUCCGUCCAUGCUUGUCACUACUUCGUUUCAUGACUCAAGGGUUGGAGUAUGGGAAGGUGCAAAAUGGGUGGCUAAGAUAAGGGAUAGUACGUGCCACGACUGCUCCCGAGCUGUGAUUCUGAAAACAAAUAUGAACGGAGGGCAUUUUGGUGAAGGUGGUCGCUAUGCUCAAUGCGAAGAGACUGCCUUUGAUUAUGCUUUUCUUCUCAAAGUUAUGGGUCAUCACAACAAUAGAUAAAAGCAUCACAUCAUCUUUGGUUUAGCAUCAAAUGAUUUUAUAAUAGUCUUUCACUUUAAGGUU